AUGGGAGUGGUUUCAAUCUCAGGGAGUUGCUGUAGACUUCGUUGGGCAGCACCACCGUCCCCACCAGCAUUAUACGGGGAACCCCAACCAACAGGCGCGAUCAAAGUAAGUGGGGGCUAUGCGAAACAAGUGUCAUCGGAUUUUCCUAAGAGUCAUUUCGCUGUUUGGGGCCGUGCUGCUGCUGUGGAUAAAGGCCUGAUCAAGGAAGUCAUGGCAGCCCACCCAGCAGAUUUGAUGCUGUUAUUAUUGGGCUUCAAUGAUAUGGGGUGGUUCUACAGUGAUUCGAUAGGAACUUUGGACAGUAUUCAUACGCUGAUCAGCAAUGCUCGGGCUGCAAAUCCAAAGAUCAAGUUUGCCAUUGCUAAUGUACCACAGCGGAGUUUCAUUGGUGGCCGUGAGGAUCUUCCUGUUAGCACCAAUAUAUACAACUCUCUACUGCGCGAUACUAUUCCCAAAUGGAGCACUACAGCUUCCCCAAUCCAUCCUGUUGAGCUGGAAGAGAACUACAACUGUCAGCCUAGUUCAUGUCCGGUGGGUUCCGAUGGACUUCAUCCAAACGCGAUGGGUGAAUACCAGAUUGCUCGCGCCUUCUCGCAAACCCUAGUGAAGGAUUUCAGGAUCGGGUCAUCCGCACUGAGUAUACCCAAUGAUGUUCCUGCCAGGCCGUUACCGGUACCUAGCAAUUUCAAGGUAUUCACUAGUCCUGGUGGCGUAACGGCAACAUGGGAUCCAGGUAAGCCACCCUGCAGCUAA